AUGAUGUUUGCCCAUGUACGGUACGUUCAGGACAAUAUUAAGGCUAUUGUUCCAGCGACUUUAAUUAGACACUUCAACCCAAAGACUGUUGUCGACUACGACAAAGGGCGUCAUUACGAAGCCUACUGGAGGACUGCGACGGGGGAUCAAGAAGGCUAUUACGCAGCCUUUAUCCUUCAGUUGGCAGAAAAUCAGCAGGAACUGAUAAAGAGCAUCUUAAAGUCAAGGGCAACUGCUCUGCCUGUUAUCUUCGAGGGCCCCAUCAAUGACAGUCAGGCAACCAGCACAAGAUCAAGACGAGAGCAGAUGUCUGCCCAGAGGGCUUCACGCAAAAAGGAGAUGACCGACAUUCUGAGCAGGAAAAAAAGGGCGGCACCGAGUGUCGACAGCAGUGAGGAUGAUGACGAAGGGGUUGUCCCUGAGAAGCUGCUAAGAGUUGAAAGGGAGGCUAACGGUGAUCUGGAGAGAGAAUUGAAACGUGUGAAGACGGAGCUAGCAGCUACAAAGAAGGAGCUGGAGGAGGAGCGGCAGUUAAGGAAAGCUUUGUCCUGGACCCUCCUCUCUAAGUUUGAUGUUCAUCCAGGAGCUAAUGUCCAAGUCAAGGGACCACGAGCUCAAGCAGAGGCAGCUCCUGCACCACUAAGCGUUUCAAGUGCAAGGACCAGCGUGCUGGGCCGACCCAGUGACCAGGUUCCCAGGAAUCGACCACCAAUCAGCGAUGUCUCCGCUCGGGCCUUGGUGCCGUGCAUGGAGGGAGAGGAGCCCUUUCCUGAGCACCUGCAUGAGCACCUGCAUGAGCCCCUGCCUGAGCCCCUGCCUGAGCCCCUGCCUGAGCCCCUGGCUGAGCACCUUCCUGAGCGUCUUCCUGAGCCCUGUCCGGAGCCCCGCCCGGAGCCCCAUCUGGAGCCCCCUCCUGAGCCCCGUCCUGAGGACCUCGGCGAGGAUUUUGCAAACAGGUCAUCAACUCCACUAUUCCAGGAACACGAAGGACAGGUUGGUAUCUAA